AUGCCACCACCACUGCGCACCCUCCCCCAACCCUUCCGCCUGAUAUCACAGCGCACGCCUCCUUCUCGCCGACUCUUCUCAACACCGCCCCCUCCCCCAGCACCCAAAGACUCCCGCUCCCGCCUUCACAGACUAAACGAUCGUCUCCCACCUUUUCUGCGCUCCUACACCACCCCGCUCCUCGGAGCCCCCGCAACCCACAUCACAUCCUUCCUGAUCCUACAUGAAAUCACCGCCGUUGUAAGUUUGUUUGGACUGGUGGCUGCCUUUCACUAUGGUACGGGGCUCCCGGAUAUGACCUCCAACAGCUUGUUUCAGGAACAGACACAGCGGUUUGGACGGUGGCUACGGAAAAAGGGCUGGGUGGAGGAGGCCGACGUGGAUAAAGCGGUUGGGGAGUAUGCGGGGGAUGCUCAUCGUGGGUCAGAGUCAGAGUCAGAUUCGGGGCAGUCGGCGGUCCUAGUAGAGGGAGAAAGGGAGGGAGUGCGCUUGAUUCUGGAGUUUGCGACGGCUUAUAUCAUUACCAAGGCGCUGAUGCCGGUGCGGAUUGCUGUGAGUGUGUGGGCUACGCCGUGGUUUUCUCGGGUGGUUCUGGGGCCGUUGGGGAGGGGGGCUAGAGGGGUGUUUGGGAGGAAGUGA